AUGGCGCAGUCUUCUCCUAAGACCACUACAGAUCAAGUGUACUGGAAUUUACCUGAUACCAUCGCACCCAUACAGGUCUUACCUGAUCGAUAUACGAAACCUGCUGCUGCUCAAGUUGAGAAUCUUAAAGGGAAAGAAUCUGAUCCAUCUAGAAUGGGAGUAUUUGUAUGUUUAUUUGAUGAUAAACCACACCUCCAUCCAUCUUUGAUAUCAUUACAUAAACAUCGUCUGAACAUACACCACAUACCAUUACCUUCUGACCCAUCUAACGAUCUUCCAACACCACGAUCAUCUUCAACUCUCCAAUUAUCAGGACCUCCUCAGACAGAUGAAGAUAUACCAAUGACUGCCACUUCUCCCACCCCGGCUGAAGCGACUUCAACAACACAACGAAAGCCAGAAGCAGACGCACAGGUCGAAUGGUUCAUGUGGAAAUUCUCCGAGGAGGAGGAGAAUAGGAGGAAAAGUUAUUUGCCACUUGCUUAG